AUGGACCCAGUUGGAGGUCCAGAGCUCCCCAGCCAAAUAACAUGCUUUAUGAUUCUCCCAAGGCUACCCUCCAAGUCUCUCAUGCGCUUCAAAUGUGUCUGCAAGUCUUGGUCUUCUCUCACCCGCGACCCUUCCUUUGUCAGCGCCCAUCAAAACUUGGGAUGCAACAAGAACGUUCACCUCCUCCUCACUGCCUGGGACAAACCCACAACGCAGCAACACUUCUUCUCCUUGCAAAUCAACCAAGAAGGAAGUCUAAUCCCUGCCACCCAUCUUCUAAGUCUUCCAACUCCGCAAACCACGAAUGAAUGUCUCUACAAUGCACAAAUUAUCAACGGCUUGGUCUGUCUUUGCCUUUAUAAUACUACAGUUCCCAAUCAAGCCGAUCCUGACCACCCCGUUCGCAUUUUUAACCCCUCCACCUGAGAGUCUAUCGCUCUCCCCCACCGCGCUCCUGCAUCACGCAAAGUCUAUGUUACGUAUCAUUUCGGGUUCAGUCCUCUUACAAAUGAGUAUAAGGUUCUCCAAGUGCAAGAACUCAUCCCUGCCUUGAGGGGUGAGCAUUUUAUGUUCAAAAUAUUUAAAUUGGGGACAAGUUCAUGGAGGCACAUAGAGGUAGACUGUAAUGGUCUCCGUAUUAAUCCUUUUACAUCCCCAUUUCAUAAGCGAAGUGUUUGCGUCAACGGGGCUGUACAUUGGAUUCAUGGGAUUAACAAUGUCAUACUGGCUUUUGGCAUUGGAGAUGAGAAAUUCAGAGCAAUUCCACUUCCUAAAGAUUAUAAUUGUUUUACACAUCGUAUUGAUUUUCCCAUUGAGAGUAUAGUUGAAGUGGAUGGAUGUGUGGCUCUAACAGGUGACAAGGAGUUGAUGAGACUGAACAUUUUAAGGCUUUGGGUUUUGGAGGACUAUCAAAAUCAGGUUUGGGUGAAGGAGACCAUCUAUUUUCCCCUUCAUUGGGAGGAAGCAGGGUACCCAGUUCCUUUUUGUGCCAUUCACACAGGUGAGCUCCUCCUCCAAUCUUCAAGGUUAAGCAUACAGAAGCCUGGUCAUCCGAGGGUGCUUCUAUACAAUAUGGAGAGUGCAAGUUUUAGGGGAAGUGAUGAGAUUGUUUUGCCCCCCGAAUAUGCAUCGACUCUGAACGAUGAUCGAUUGAAGUUGCUGGCUAGUUAUAAGGAUAGCAUUGUGCCCUUAAGAUGA